AUGAAGACCAAACAAUUUACAGUCUGCGAUGAGUGCAGAAGACGAAAACUUGGCGUAAGAGCCCCGCAAAAGUAUGAUGACGACCUGACUGACGCUCUGCUUGGCAGUGCGACGGAAAGCAGCCAUGCUGCUCUCAGUGUGCUCGGUCGCUUCCGGUCAGCGGAAGAAGCGGACUCGUCAAAGCAGGACACCCAAUCCCGCAAGUCAGAGGCCGAAACCUCCGACUCGGGCCUUGACUUGGCCACUCAGCGACGUACUCUCAAUUCUCGAAUAUGCGGAGCAUGGGUGGAAGUUCUGCCGGGGAUCGUCGGUACAGAUGGGAGGCAUGACGGACCUCUAUCCUCCGCCAUCAAAGCUCUGGGGAUCUCACUGAUGGCCAGAGGCCCCAAGGGGCGAGCUCCUGUCCACGAAGCCAUUGAAGCGCACUCCUCGGCGCUCAAGGCUGUAGGGUGCCUCAUUCCACGCGCCAAUGAUGAUCCGAACAACUAUACCGAGAUAUCUGCAGCCAUUAUGUGCUUGUUCCUGUCAGAGAAAUUCUUUCCCACAUCGAGCUCUGCAGCGACAGUCCACGCAAGGGGCAUCGGUGAGCUAAUUCAACUCCGCCCGCCGCAAUUCUACGCAUCUGGAACACCCCACAAACUCUUCGUUGGCUUCAGACCAAUUCUAAUUCUCCAUGCUUUUGAAACUCGGAAAUCGACCUUUCUCGGGGCGCCUGAGUGGAAAGAAGAGCCGUUUAGGCGUGUAGUCGAAGACCCGCUCCAAGCUCUCUUGAGUGAGGCCUGCGCCAUACCCGCUAUUUUCGAAAUGCUUGAUCACUGUAACGACGAUAGUGAACCUGCCGCCCGCGAAGCCGUGAUCCGGUUUGUGGACGUUAUCAACCGCCUGGACCUUUGGCACAAGUCAGCAAACAUGAUGACUAUGAGAGGCUUUACAAAUUUACAAAAGGUCUCGCCAGCCGAUACCACCAGCCUCGAUUUCCCAAAUAUCACCGUGGCCAACUCAUUGAGUCACUACUGGGCGUUCUGGAUCAUUUGCGUCACCCAGAUCCAACGAUUAACAGCACACCAUCCAAACAUCUCACAAGAUUGUCUUCUGAAAGUCGGAGAAUACCCCGCAAGUGAAGCGGCGACCCAAAAGGUUCUCCAGCUCGCAACUUAUAUCCUUGAGAGUACAGGCUAUUUGAUGCAGGAGGACAUGAAACUCUAUGGCACAGCAUCUGCGUUCUUUCCUUUGCACAUUGCGAGGGGUGCGUUGGAAAUGUUUGGGUGCAGUGAUGGGGCCAUUUGUGAGCAGUUGGCAAGAAAUGCUGAGAUUAUACGCCAACAAGGAUAUGAGGAUGUGUUAUUGCACAGGCGGACAGUGCUUCUUGGUUAA